CGCUGGGUGGCGGCGGAUGAGUGCGAAUGGCGUCCUCUCUGGGGAUGAUACGUGUACAUGACGAAGGAGCUUCCUGUCUCUCGCUGAUUGUAGAUUACGAGUCAGAUACUGGUAGUAAUAUAGAUACCUCCUAAUCAUCUUGGCGCCGUGCAUGGUGACUGCAGUGGAAUGAACAAUGCGCCGUUGGAGGGGCAGGCGCGAACCGGCGUCGGCAAAACUAGGGCUCCGCGCUUGCUUCCGUCGCGAUAUUCCGAAACAGUCAUAGCAUCUCGAGGACUCAGAACGCUCCCCGCACUCUCCACGCAUUCGACUCCCAGUUACGCACGCAAUCAUGGCAGGCGGUACGCGCGGACCAGUCCCUGUCCCCCUCAAGACCGAAGAGCACAAUGUCACGCAAGACGUCCUGGAUCUGCUCGAGUCAAAACAAACCCUCCAAACUUCCGAAGACUUUCCGUCGAUACCUCAGGCAGAGAUCAAAGCAGCACUGGACCGGCUCGCGAGUCGGUCCAUGGUCGAAUAUCAGGCCCACGAUUCAGAGCAGGUCCUUCUCACCCCAGAAGCCGAGUCGAUCGUAGCAGACGGAUCGCACGAGUUCAAGGUCUGGAAGGCCGUCAAGGAUGCAGGCAAGGUGCCAAUCAAAGAGCUUGCGAGCAUUGUCGGCGCUGAAUCUGCGAAAGUGGGGCAAGGCAAUGCCUUCAAGAACAAGUGGAUCAAGAAGGAUGGCGAUUCUCUCGUACUCGUAGCGGACACGGUCCAGGACGCGACGCGCGAUCUUCUCAAGGGCAUUCAAGAGACCAAGACCCUCUCGGACAACAAAACCCUCAACGAGUUGAAGAAGCGGAAGCUCGUAACGGUAACCAAGGUCAUUGACUACAGCGUAACGAAGGGCCCCAAGUAUGCAAAGGAGAUACCUGUCGAGGUCACGGACCUGACGGCAGACAUGCUGGCAAGCGGCGCGUGGGAGACGGCAAACUUCAAGCCGUACAACUUCAACGCGCUCGGUGCGCCGCAAGAUGCGGGCAGCUUACAUCCACUGAACAAGGUGCGCCAGGAGUUCAGGAACGUUUUCUUCUCACAAGGUUUCGUGGAGAUGCCUACCAACCACUACGUCGACUCGGGCUUCUGGAACUUCGAUGCCCUCUUCGUCCCACAACAGCACCCCGCCCGUGAUGUCCAAGAUACCUUCUUCAUCUCAGACCCUCCCAAGGCGGACAAACCGCGUGCAGAUCCUAUCACAGAGGCUACUAUGGACACAAUGGAGGCAGGAUCGAGAAAGCUUUUCGCGAAGCCCAAUGAGACUGGCGAGAAGCCCAAGUCACGAGACUUUGAGAAAUACUGGCAAAAUGUACAGGACGUGCACCAGAAGGGCGCCUUUGGCUCUGUCGGCUACAGGUACCCCUGGUCAGCCGAUGAGUGUCUGCGUCUUGUGCUGCGAACGCACACUACCGCUGUUUCUACCUGGGUUCUACACCGUCUGGCAGAGAAUCCGCGACCUGCGCGUUACUUCUCUAUCGACCGUGUCUUCCGUAACGAGACGGUGGACGCUACACAUCUUGCAGAAUUCCACCAGAUAGAAGGUGUCAUUGCAGACUUCGGCCUCACUCUUGGAGGUCUGAUGCGCUUCCUCGAAGACUUUUUUAGCAAGAUGGGUCUGGAGAACUUGCGCUUCAAGCCAGCAUAUAAUCCCUACACCGAGCCCUCGAUGGAGAUCUUUGGUUUCCAUAAGGGUCUCAACCGCUGGAUCGAAAUCGGCAACUCUGGGCUCUUCCGUCCCGAGAUGCUGGAGCCUAUGGGCCUGCCCAAAGACAUGCGCGUUUACGGCUUCGGGCUGAGUCUUGAACGCCCGACGAUGAUGAAGUAUGGUGUCAACAACAUCAGAGAGCUGCUCGGACACAAAGUAGACUUGACAUGGAUCAAGGAGCAACCUGCCGUGCGGUUGGAAAAGGACUAAAUGCUUGGUUGCGUUGGAUGAGGUAAAAAGAUUUCCGCGGGGCGCUGCUUUGGCUGGGCUGAUGUGUAUGAUGAUAUGAUAAACGAGCGGGCGUCAAUAUAUCCACAAUGGCGGAACGUUGAAGAGUAUCCUCAAUGAAUCAAGGGGUUUUCAACAACUUGGAGCUAAAUGUAUAUUCCUAACGCCGUACAGUUCAAAGGAUUGAAUACUCGAGUGGAGAGAGCUGCGAGAUUGUGGCGGCGCACCGAUACACCCCGUAAAGCUCUACGCUGUCUAGGGAAAAUGUAGGACAUUCCUGCCCUAUCAAUAGCGGAUGCCCACACUAUAACGCCCCUUCGUUCUCGCUCGGUCC